GUCAUUUGAAGGAGUAGUAGGUGAGAUUGGUUCACACUCACUUUAUCACUCACUCACGCACGCACGCACGCACGCAUUGACUGCCGAUCUGUCAAUGGGAGUCUUUCUCAUCAUCCCACUGGCAUCCUCACCGCACACCCGCUACUCUGAUGGGCUUCCACGAUAAUGGACGAGAAGUAGCCAGAAUGAAGGAAGCACAGCUCGAAGCAGGAGAUCUGGAGCCCGUGCGGCUGAAUCUUUUGGCGCAAGAAGACGAGAUCAGACAACAGCAGCAGCAGCAAGAUCAGAGCAGGACACAGCGGAGCGACAAUGUGGUCAGGAUCCAGGACCUCGCGGCACAGGCGAGCGCAAGAGCGGGAGAAUACUAUGAACGGAUCGAUCCACACGUGCAAGUGGCGAGGAAACAUGCCUCGAGAGUCCUGGGGCCGGUAGCAAAGGUCCUCGCUCCUGCGCAAAAGGCCGUGGCUCCAGCGGUGGCCGCCAUCACACCACUGUUGGGUGUGCUCGCGCCGCUGGCUUCCAUGUUCCGCCCAUCCUUUCUCCCCAAGCAAUCCGCUGGACACCGGAAGCUGCGGAAAACUGCCUACCUGGACGGCAUCAGAGGCUUUGCCGCUCUCAUGGUAUAUUGCCUGCACAACCAGCUGUGGGCUCACGCCUUCUAUGAUGGCUCUCCCGCGCUGGAGAACACGUUCGGAUACGACGGCAAUUACUACUUCGCCGCUCUCCCUUUCAUCCGCACCUUCUUCUCCGGCGGCCACUUCUCCGUCUCGUGCUUCCUGGUGCUCUCGGGCUACGUGCUGUCCGUGAAGCCCCUGCAACUCAUGAGACAAGGAGAGUACGUCUUGCUGGGAGACAACAUCUCGGCCUCGCUCUUCAAGCGAUGGCUGCGCCUCUACCUGCCCAUCAUUGCGGUGACCUUUAUGAUCAUGUGCACUCCACAUCUGUUUGGCAUCCACAUGUCGUUUGAGCCGCAGAAAACGCUCAAGGACGAAAUUUGGAAGUGGUACUGCGACUGCAAGAACAUGUUCUUCAUUUUCGAUACGGGAAACAGGAUUAUCAACGACUACCACCCUCACAUCUGGACCAUUCCCGUGGAAUUCAAGGGCUCCAUCCUGGUUUACACCACGUGCAUGGCAGUGUCGAGAAUGACGCGAGAUGGGCGGCUGUGGUGCAUGGUGGGACUCUGGUACUACAUGAUGUACAUUGUGGACGGCGCCUACUUUGCCAUGUUCUUGGGAGGCAUGAUGAUCUGCGACCUCGAGAUGAGAGCGGCCGAAGGCACUCUUCCCCGCUGGAUGAAGGCCUUGGAGCCGAUGAAGAGCACCAUCUACUACACCUUGUUCACCGUGUCCAUCUUGCUGGGAGGAAUCCCAUCGCACUCGAUCGAAGUAUCGAUCCUAAAGAAGAGCCCGGGAUGGUAUUAUCUCUCCUACCUGAAACCCCAGGCGGUGUUUGACUUCCGAUGGUUCUUCUUGUUCUGGGCCGCGACCUUCCUGGUCUGCUCGGUCCCUCACGUGCCCUGGGCCAAACGAUUCUUCGAGACUCGCUUCUGCCAACACUUGGGUCGCAUCUCGUUCAUGCUUUACCUGAUGCAUGGCCCCGUGCUCUGGGCUCUCGGAGAUCGACUGUACUGCGCCGUAGGCUGGACCAUUCCCGGCCAUCACAUCCUCCUCAUGCCUUGGUGGGUGGGGCGCUUUCCUCUGCCCAAGUGGGGGCCAAAAGGCUUGGAGCUCAGCUUCGUCCUGUGUCAGAUGAUUCUCCUGCCGCUCACCAUGUGGCUGGCCGAGAUCAUGACCAUUGUGGUCGACGACAGCGCGAUCAAGUUCACGGCCUGGUUGUAUGCGUGUUUUCUGCCGGAGAAGCCAUCUCUCAAGGCGGCCACGAGUCAGAGCGAGGAGAAGACGAAUUCAUAGCAUGUACAAACUUGACGGCCGGACCCCUCUCAUCAUCAUCACAAUACGAUAGAUUGUACAAACGUUCUCAUCAACAUGCUCGCUCGCAUUCUCUGCCGCCCUUGUGUCUUCCGAGAGCCCAGGCUUACUAGCUCCGCUCUCAAAACCUACUACUCAAACAUCUCCGCAUGUGCAUUCGGGCAACGCAGCUCCGAUGCAACAAGGGGCUUGGAUUAGCUUGCUGAUCCCAAAGGAAGAAGCCGAGCCGAAUCAAUGCUUAUCUCAGCGGUGUGCUUGUGCCUCAUCAUCUCCACGCUCAUCACAAAUCUCACAUCAUCAUCCUUCUUCAUCUGGUGGCGUCAACCGCGCGCGGUCCAGAUUCUUCGGCGUGACCAGCCACGUGGUUAUUGUUCAAAAAGCGGGGGAAGCUAUGGAGAAAUACAUAUUGCCAAGAAGAGGGAAUCUGUAUUUUAUUAUGUUCACUGUAAGGUAUCGUACCUAUGGGACAUGGACGCACCAGAGAGUCGUUUUUUUUUACGAGAGAUGUCGAGUCGCAUAUGCGUGCAGUUUGAUCACCUACUUACGCUUACUCUUAUGGAAAUUGUGAUGAAUUCAAUUCACUAGCAGGCGCUACGAAAAAGCAGGGCAUGUGCACAAGGUGGCACGAGUCAUGAUUAUCUCGAUUGUCUCUUCUCGGUAACGACGCAUGUGAUCUAGAACCUACCGAGGCUUCUGGACUUUUGGCGAGUCGCACUAGUGGUAGGAGGUAGUUGGUAGGAUAAAAAGAAGGAUCUUCCCGGCCGGCCCUUCUUUGCAAGUCGGGGGUGGCGUUACGGAGGUACAAGAGGUACGAUUUUUUGAUUUUAAACUUUCUGGAGGUAUAGAAAUUCAUGGAGAAAAGUUGGAGAGAAGAGGAGAGGCUAGCUACAGAUAGGUUAGGUAGAGGUCGGUAAGUGUAGAAGAUACCGAGCGGGCCAAUCACUGUUAUGAUGCAGACGCUCGUCUGGAUGGUUAGCGGGUGAUGGGAGAUGUGUGGUCAAUGGGACAUGGGAGAUGCCCUGGUGAGGAUAUCACUGACAAAGGGAUUUCGAUCAUCAUUCAUACCUACCUUAUAGGCACAUGUACAGGCAUCUUUCAUGGGUUGCAUUGCCAUUGCCAUUGCAAC